AUAAAUUACAGGGGAAAUGAGAGUUUUAUUUGUGUAGUGCGGUUAGAAAUAUGGCGGCUAUGUAUGUGGAAUUGAGUUCAACAUGUAAUGAUAUUUACUUUCUAUUUUUAGGAAGUUUCUGGGUUUGGGUUUUGUAUUUGAGCUGAAGAGUAAUUGGUAAAGUGGAAAGGUUGUUAGUUUGUGUUUUCAUUCUGUUUCUUAGUUCAAUGAAGCAUUAUUAUCUGCUUAAUGAUGUUUUUACGUACUAAUUACUACUAUAAGCUAAAUUCUGGAAUUUUGAUGAUUUGGGUCUUUCACGUUAUUUAGUAUUUUGAUAGAUUAUUGGUUUAGCCAAGAUGAUUUUUUUUUUUUUUUUGAAAGUUAUUUGGGUUUUGUUUCUCUGCAUAUCAGCAAUUAAAAUGAUGUAAUAUGUUCAAUAGAUAGUAGAUAAUAGAGGAACAUUGAGUUUAUGAGACUUACUAUUAAGAUAUGAAGUUAUCUAAUUAGCUUUCUCCAAUUAUCUGGUUCAGUUACCAUAUUAGUUGGAGUAAUUGCUUCUUAUCAGUAAGUGGAAAGUUGACAAUGAUGGUGAUUUGUGAGAAAAAAAGUAUUGAGUUGCAGAUUGCAUUUACGAAUGCUUAGAUAUGAAUGUGGAUUCCUGUACAGUAGUGAAUAGUGAUAAAUAGAUAUGAAUGUGGAUUCAUCAAAAUGGGAAAUCCCGAUAGUCAUUGCUCUGCCUAGUGAUGAAAAAACGGAUUAGGAACUCGAAACUUUAGCCCAUCAUCACUAAAAUUGACAUAUAUACACUUGUGUUUAAAUGCUAGCUGCCUUACCUCCAUCUAACCAUAUUCUUGUUAGUUUUGGAAAGGUGUCAAGUAACACUAUUUCAAUACCCCCUCGACCAUAGCAAAGCAUGUGCUUGGGGGGAUUUUGGAAGCGGUUUUUCCAUUCAGCCUCCUCUUUUAUCUGAUUUUAUAUCUUUGCUUGGCUUUUCACAUUUUCUUCCUAAGUGCUGAUCUUGGAUAUAAUGAGUAAAUUGAGAGGUGGAUAAAGUAAUCUUUGCGAUUCCAAAUUUUUCGGUUGCAGAAAUAUCCCCAACAGUCAGGAGUUUGCUUUAUUUCAGUAAAGAGUACAAAUAUUAAGUUUUUGUUGAAUCGCAAGUAUGAAGUUUGGUAAGGAAUUCAAAAAGGAAAUGGUCCCAGAGUGGAUAGAAGCUUAUGUGGACUAUACUGGACUCAAACAUAUACUACAGGAGAUCCGCCGUUUCAAGGAAAGCGAGCAGCCUCAAACGCCUGCAAGAACUUUAGAGCAGAGGUUGGCAUUAUAUCGGAACUUUAGUGGUCUAAAUCUACAAGGAAGUGCUCAGAAUGCUGGUGAUAUUGAGGACCAGGUGAUAGCGGUGAACACAGUGCAACACGAAAACUACAGAAAGUUUUACAAAACUAAGUUCCUGGCUUCUCCUGAAGGAGCAGAGAAUGAAAUUAGUUUCUUUAACAAACUAGACCAUGAAUUCAACAAGGUUAAUACCUUCUAUAAGGACAAGGUGGAUGAAGUCAUGAGGGAAGUAACUUUGCUGAAUAAACAGAUGGAUGCUUUGAUCGCCUUACGUAUCAAGGUGAUGGAUCCGGGUUUCGAUGCAUUUGCUUCCCUUCAACGUCUUUCCUUGGACAUCAACAAUUCAACACCCUCGAGGAUUACAUCUCCUCUCAGAAUGACGAAUUUAGAUACAGAGGAUAUGCCUGUCAGCCCAAGUUUUGACCCUACUUAUGGAAGACAGGGUUCUAAGGCUAAUGCUUCAUAUCCCAUGGUUCCCGUCAGCUGCAAUACUUUAAGAGACAAUAGAGAUACUGAUUCAACAAAAACAGAUCCUCUUGAAAUCCUAGAUCACAUUAAGAUUGUUAAUACAUUUGAAAGUCCCAUGUCAACCAUAAGAGGUGUCUUGAGCGAAUCCAAGGAGAAUGACUUGAGUUAUAAGAAAGAGGAACUAAAGAAGGUUGAACACAGGCUGAAGCUUAUUUUCAUCGAGUUAUAUCAAAAACUUCGCCAUCUGAAACACUUCAGCUAUAUAAACCUGUCUGCAUUCUCCAAGAUCCUCAAAAAAUAUGAGAAGAUUACAUCUAGAAAAGCAGCAAGAUCAUACUUGAAAAUGGUGGAUAACUCUUACCUCGGGAGCUCUGAGGAGGUUACCAGUCUUCUGGAUAGGGUGGAGACAACCUUCAUCAAGCAUUUUUCACAGUCGAACCGCAGAGAAGGCAUGAAGAUAUUGCGUCCCAGGCAUAAAAGAGAAAAACAUCGUAUAACAUUCUUGUCAGGGUUUUUUUCUGGUUGCUCGAUUGCUCUACUAGUUGCUGUCAUUCUAUUAAGAGAUGAUAGGAAGUUGAUUGAUAAAGGAGAAGGAACCUCUUAUUUAGACAAGAUAGUCCCACUUUACAGUUUUUAUGCAUACAUUGUGUUGCAUAUGCUUUUAUAUGCUACAAACAUUUAUUUCUGGAGGCGCUACAAAAUCAACUAUGCGUUUAUCUUUGGUUUCAAGCAAGGGACCGAGUUAAGCUAUAGGGAAAUCUUUCUUCUUAGCAAUGGUCUCGCAAUGCUCGUCCUUGCCGCUCUCUUGAUGCAUCUGCACAUGAAUGCAAGAGCAGAAGUAUAUGGAACAAGUAUUGAAUAUGUUCCUUUGGGAUUGAUAAUGGUUCUUCUUUCCAUUACUUUCUGCCCGCUUAACAUCAUUUAUCGCUCAAGCCGUUUGUUCCUAAUAAAAUGCGUCUUCCGCUGUAUCUGUGCUCCUCUUUACAAGGUUACUCUUCCAGAUUUCUUUCUAGCAGACCAGCUCACUAGCCAGGUUGAAGCAAUAAGGAGUUUGGAGUACUACAUUUGCUAUUAUACUUGGGUUAAGUCUUCGCAUGGUCAUAAUUCGUGCCAAAGUCACAAUGUCUAUAACAUAUUUUACUUCAUUCUGGCGAUCAUACCUUAUUGGUUUCGGUUUUUCCAGUGUGUCCGACGACUGUUUGAAGAAAAAGAUCAAGCACAGGCAUACAAUGGCUUGAGAUACUUUUUGACAAUUCUGGCAGUCGUUAUUAAAACAGCUUAUGUACUGAGAAAGAGUUUGACUUGGGAGGUGUUGGCUAUACUUAGCUCACUUAUCACAACUUUUUUCAACACAUACUGGGAUAUAGUUGUAGAUUGGGGGUUGUUGAGAAGGAAGUCUAAGAACAAGUUCUUGCGUGAUAAGCUCAUACUGCGCCAUAAAAGUGUAUACUUCAUAGCCAUGGUCUUGGAUGUUUUGCUUAGAUUUGCUUGGCUGCAACUGGUAUUAAAAUUUAACGUGCCUUCUUUGCGAGGAAGUACUGUCUCAAGCAUAUUUGCUUGCUUAGAAGUAAUUCGACGAGGCAUGUGGAAUUUUUUCAGGUUGGAAAAUGAGCACUUGAACAAUGUGGGGAAAUAUCGGGCAUUCAAGUCAGUGCCACUUCCUUUCGCUUACCAUGAAGAGGAUGAGGAGAAAGAAGAAUAAAGAUGAACAUAUAUCUAUCCAUUACCUUAUCAGAGUGCUAGCAACUGCAAAACUUUAGCAACCAGCAAAUGUUAUUCACCAUGAAGAGUUCACAUGUCAAAUGUUGCCUGUUAUGCAACAAUUUGACAUUUAAGCUCAAGAAAAUCCUACAUUUUUGGCUUAAAGGUGGACGAGAAGAGUCGAGCGUGUGUGAAAGAGGUCAACAUUCAAAAAAAAAAAAAAAAAAAAAAAAAAAAAAAGAAGACCAGGCAGAUUACAGAAGUUGCAGAUUUCUUCAAGGGUUGUUUAUUGGCCCUUUAACUUGAUAGCUUCAGAGCAAGGCAAGAUGCGCAGUGACAAGGAGAAGAGAGAAUACAAAAGGGGGAUAUAAAAAAAUUGCUUAAUUGUAUAUUGUUCAAGUCGAAGAUAGUGAAUGCGAUCACACAUGUUGCCCUGUCAUAGCAGACCAAGCAAUGUUUAAUUUCUAAUUUUCUUCAAGCCAAUGGUGCAGUUGCAUGUUCAUUCAUAGUUGAGAAUAAUUAUCUGAAUUAGUGAUACAUUGAUAUGUUCCCAAACUUUAUAGGUUAAUAAAAUUCCUUUUGUGAAAGAGUUUAAACCAA